CGGGCGCGAACUCAUCGCCGCAGUGCCGGCCCCUGCCGCUUUAAGCGGCCGUGCCCAUUGUUUGCGCCGCGGCCAAUGGGAGCGGGCGGCCGCUGCGCGCGCGGCCAAUGGGCGAGGCGCGGGGCAGCGCGCGCGCCGCCCCCGGGUCUAUAAGAGUCGCCGUGGCGCCGCGUGAGUCCCCACUGGCUCGCGCAAAGCCAUCUUGGCAUUGUUCUGCUCGCGCCGCCGCCCCGCACAGCCCCGCACGCCCCCGCCAUGUCCGACACGGCCGUGGACACCAGCGCUGAGAUCUCCGCCAAGGAUCUAAAAGAGAAGAAGGAAGUUGUUGAAGAAACAGAAAAUGGCAGAGAUGCACCAGCCAACGGCAACGCUGAGAACGAGGAAAAUGGAGAGCAGGAGGCUGACAACGAAGUAGACGAAGAGGAAGAGGAAGGUGGUGAGGAAGAGGAUGAGGAAGAAGAGGGUGAUGGUGAGGAAGAGGAUGGUGAUGAAGAUGACGAAGCUGAGGGAGCCACAGGCAAACGGGCAGCUGAGGACGACGAGGACGACGACGUCGAUCCCAAGAAGCAGAAAACCGAUGAAGAUGACUAGGCAGCAAAUUAUUAUUAUUUUUUUUUUUUUUAAAUAAGGAGGAAAACAAACCAACAAAAAAGGCCAGCGCGUCCUCUUCACCCUUGGGAUCCCUCCCUCCCUCCCAUUGCAGCCCCCUUCCCUCACACACACACACAGAGCCCCUUCUUCCCCCCUCCGCCGUGGUCAUCCUCACCAAGUAGAGUGAACCCCAGCCCCUGCGCGGCGCUGCCACUCAACGAACAUAACGAAACGAUUCGCCCGUUAGCGGGGAGAGAAACCCCCCCUUUCCCCACUGACCCCCUCCCCCCAGGCACCAAAACUUCAAGGCCCUGCUUUCUUUCUUAAAAGUACUUUAAAGGAGAAUUUGUUUGUAUUUUUUAUUUACAUUUUAUAUUUUUGUACAUAUUGUUAGGAGGUCCGCCAUUUUUAAGUGAUCUCGGAUUGACCAAAAGGGGGGCUUUGAAGUGUAUAUCUCUCUUGUUACCUAUCUCUGACUUUACUUGUGGUGUGACCAGGCCCAAACCAUUAUCUCAAAGGAGAAUAAAACAAAACCUUGUAAAAAAAUUAAAAAAAAAAAGACAAAAAUGCAAAAAAAAAAA